ACCCGAGAAGGGGGGGAAGUUCGCUUUCUCCUCCCACCUUUCAACUGGGCUGGGGCUGGCGUUCGCUGCACACCGCGCUUGCCCGAGCGGUGAUGAUGGAAGAAGAAAUCGAAGUUGCAGUGGAGAAGACAGAAUCUGUCCCUGAAAAUACAGACAUUGCUGAAACUAAGAAAAAGGGGGCAAGAGGCCAAGGAAGAGGCCAAGGUGGCAAAGGAUACGUUAGAGGGAAAAUGCGAGGCAAGGCACUGAAUGGUUUUGGGCCUGUAAGACGUGGAAUGGGGAGAAUGCGCCCAUACCCAGACAUCAGAGGUCGAAGAGGAGCACGAGGGAGACCACUUUUUCCACCAUCUCUACCGAUGAGAGGCAUGAUGAGAGUACCUUUUCUUCCUCCCCCACCACGAUACAGAUUUCCUCUUCCUCCUCCACCAUCUGGGCCAAUGAACUUCAGGGGCAGACCACCUCCCCUUGGAGCCAGAGGGAUGCCACCCUCGCCUCAAGGACCCUUUCCACGUCCAAGAGGGGUAACAUAGUCACCCUUUGAGGCCAAUGGGAGAUGGUAUGCAGACCUUUGGGAGAGCUUUCAUCAAGGCCUUUUUUGAGGUGAGAGAGUAUUUAAAACGUUUUCCCCCAUUCAUUAUCCUUAUUAAGUAAAAUGCACAUUUAUUUGAUAUGUGUUAGAAUUAAA